UAUUUUUGUUCGCCUAACUUUAUUCGAUUAUUAAUAUAAAACUAUGUUCACUCAUUUUGUCUACAGACAUAUUUCAAUAUUUUGAGCAUAGAAAAUACACUUAAUCUGUUGGUCAGUGGAGAAAAUUAGUGGCUGCUAGAUUCCAUAAACAUAUCGUGUUAUCGCACCCCAUUAACAAAGUUAAAAAAGAAGAAGAAAUCCAUUGGAGACGAGAAAUAAUCCUUACAUGAUGAAUUUAUUAAUGAAAAUAGCAUGUGUGACUUCUGUGUGGCUUAUUUGCAGUUUCAGUUACAUAGAAGCAAACUCACUUGAUUACGAUGGUUGGCUAAACAUAGCCCUGUUUCAUGCAUUGGAUGUCGACGAACCAAAUAAAUUUACUCUGAGAGGCAACAUCACUGUCACAAAUCGUAACACUGGGCUGGUUUCUGUUGCACAGGAACCACUUACUUUACAAGAUAGAAAUAAGCUGAAACGAUUAGCACAACAGAAGCAGCUCUAUCGCAUGGAAGCACAUGUUUCUGAUUCCGACGGGGUGACGAAAUUUCUCACAUCCUCUAAGGCGUGCGCCCUGGCUAAGGCCCAACUCACCGAUGUUCUGUGGGUUUCUUUGGACCAUUCUGGAACAGUAACCGCAGUCACGCAAUCGGUUAACAAUGGCAAUAUGAACGAGUGUCACGAUUUAUCCAAUAGUGAUGUCGACGUACUUGACGAAUUUAAUACAGAUGUCUACGUGAAGCACACUGAAUCUGCACCAAUCCCUGAUACUGCGAGUUUCAUUCAAAAAAUGGAACGCGAACGUGAAGCCAGAGAACGUGGCGACACAAAGGACAAUCGCAGUUUCUUUGCGAAAUAUUGGAUGUAUCUCGUUCCGGUUGUUAUUUUACUACUGAUAUCUGCCACUAAUCCAGAAGCAGGACAGCGUUAACGGAGAGGGAAAGCAUUUGGUUUAACUAUUUAAAUUUGUACCACACAUCAAUCGCCACCAAAAAUUAAAACAACAGCCGUUUGUCGCUU